CGGUGGCGGCACAGACCGAGCUGCGAUGGCUCCGCUCCGCCGCCUCUGCCUGUGCGCGCUCCUCGCUCUGCUGCCGCCGCCUCCCGCCGCACCGGCACCGGCACCGGCACCGGCCCCGGCCCCGCUCCGCCGGCCGGACUGGGCCGCCUGCCGGGUCCUGUCCCGGGAGCUGUCGCGGCUGCUGGCGGCGGUCAGAGAGCCGCACCCGGUGCUGGAGGGGCUGCAGCUGCUGGAGGACGAACCCCAAAAUUGGCCCCCCCGGAUCCGCUGCAGCGACGCCUGCGACCCCCUGACCCUGGAGAGCAACCACACGCGCUGCCUGCACCGGAUCCACCAGGCGCUGCAGCACUACCGGGACCUGCUGGGCUCCGACAUCUUCCGGGAGCAGCCGCAGCCCCAGCUGGAGACCACCAUGGAGCAGCUGCUGCGCCACGUCCCGGACGGGCACGGUCGCCCCUCCCGGCACCUCCUGGCCCCCACCAAGGAGUGGGAGCAGCCGCUGCAGCGGCACCUGGCCCUGAAGCGGCUCCGCUCCUUCGCUGCCCUCAUCGGCCGCGUCUUCAACCACAGCGCCCGCUGAGCCCCCCCGACACCGCCCCCCUUAUUUAUUGCCCCUUCCCCAGGGGUUAUUUAUGACGGGAGACGCUCCUUUAUUUAUCUCGGGUAUUUAUGAGUUUCUAAUAAAGCUCCGAUGGAGACGA